CAUGAAACUCAAGUGAAAAGGAGGAGGACGACGAAAUUUGCAAGUUCUUUCGAGAAUGCUUCGAUUCUCUUUGUUUCUUGCGUGAGUGAAAUUUUCCGCCAAAUCUAGAAAGGGCGGGGCAAAAGAAGAAUCACGAGAGUGCAAGAUUGAUGACGAAGAAACCCGUAAAAUCGAAGAUCGAAGAUCGAAGAGUAAAGGUUUGGACUGAUGAGCGGAUGAUGGAGGAGGGUCCAAGAAUGGGUCGGAUGAGGGUGGUGCAAGUUGUACGAGCAAACGGAGCCGAAAACCGUCAAUCCUCUUCGGGAUUUGAGACCCGUGUCGGUCGUCGCACAAGUACGGUACGGGGUCAAAAGCAGCAAUAUCGAUCGUGUAGGGAAGAGCAGCUGGUGGACACAAGAGGUGAUGGAAAGAAGAUGUUUGCAAAGGAUAGAUGAAGUGAGGUCCUGCGGGGUCCGAAGACCUCGACCUUUACACGAAGGAAAAACAUGCAAAGAAUUUCUUCAGAGGGACACACGUCACUGUUGUAAAGGAUUAAAGAGUGCAGCUUUCCUUACAGC